ACCCCGCUCGGUCGCGCGAUAGGUGUCCGUGGCGCCUGACGGGAGAGACGCGGUCACGGAGCCGCACGCAGCAGACGCAUCCCAAGCCGCCGCCGCCCGCCCUGUCCCAUGGAGCUGGAGAACAUCGUCGCCAACACCGUGUUGUUGAAGGCCCGUGAAGGUGGUGGGGGGAAGAGAAAGGGGAAGAGCAAGAAGUGGAAAGAGAUUUUGAGGUUCCCUCACAUCAGCCAGUGCGAGGAGCUGCGUCGCACUGUGGAGAGGAAUUACUGGAGCCUGUGUGAGAAGCAGUCCAUUGGGCGGCUCCUGUGGCGGCAGUUCUGUGAGACGCGCCCCAAGUUCGCCUGCUGCAUCCGCUUCCUCAAUGCCGUGGUCGACUAUGAAGUUAGCCCAGAUGAGAAGCGGAGAGAAGAGGGAGAGAAGAUCAUCAAGAAGCACCUCACUCCCGACUCACCAGAGGCAGUACCGGGGAUCAGCGAUGAGCUGGUGAGACAGUGCCAGCAGAACCUGGAUGGGAAUCCCUGCAAGGAGCUUUUCGGUCCCUCCGCCAAGGCGCUGCAUGAGUACCUCAGCAGGCAGCCCUUCCAGGAGUUCCAGGAGAGCAUGUACUUCUCGCGCUUCCUGCAGUGGAAAUGGUUGGAGCGGCAGCCGGUUACGAAAAACACAUUCCGGCAGUACCGGGUGCUGGGCAAGGGUGGUUUUGGGGAGGUAUGCGCUUGUCAGGUGCGUGCCACCGGCAAGAUGUACGCGUGCAAGAAGCUCGAAAAGAAGAGGAUCAAAAAGAGGAAAGGAGAAACGAUGGCGCUCAAUGAGAAGCAAAUCCUAGAGAAGGUGAACAGCAGGUUUGUGGUGAGCCUGGCGUAUGGCUACGAGACCAAGGACGCGCUCUGCCUUGUGCUCACCAUCAUGAACGGUGGUGACCUCAAGUUCCACAUCUACAACAUGGGCAACCCUGGCUUCGAGGAGGAGCGUGCCGUCUUCUACGCCGCUGAGAUCACGUGUGGCCUGAGCGACCUCCACCACGAGGGCAUCGUCUACAGGGACCUCAAGCCAGAAAACAUCCUUCUGGACGACUACGGCCACAUUCGGAUAUCGGACCUUGGCCUGGCUGUUAAGAUUCCCGAAGGGGAGAGCAUCCGGGGUCGCGUCGGCACAGUGGGGUACAUGGCUCCGGAAGUGAUUAACAACGAGCGCUACACGUUCUGGCCUGACUGGUGGGGCCUGGGCUGCCUCGUAUACGAGAUGCUGGAGGGACAUUCGCCGUUCCGUGGCCGCAAGGAGAAGGUGAAGCGCGAGGAAGUGGACCGCCGCGUCAAGGAGGACGCUGUUGAGUUCUCGGACAAGUUCUCUGAGGAUUCCCGCACCUUUUGCUCACUGCUUCUAACCAAAGACCCACGGGAGCGGCUGGGCUGCCAAGGAGGUGGAGCAUCGGAUGUAAAGGCCCACGCAUUCUUCAGAAACAUCAACUUCAAGCGGCUGGAGGCUGGCAUUAUGGACCCACCCUUUGUGCCCGAUCCUCGCGCUGUCUACUGCAAGGACGUGCUCGAUAUUGAGCAGUUCUCCACAGUGAAGGGAGUCAACCUGGACCCUGCCGACGAUGACUUCUACUCAAAGUUCUCCACCGGCAGCGUUCCCAUACCCUGGCAGGAUGAGAUGAUCGAGACGGAAUGCUUCAAAGAGUUGAAUGUGUUUGGACCGGACGGAGCGCCCACCCCAGAUCUCGAUGACAACCUGCCACCACAGCCCCCCAAGAAGGGACUCUUGCAGAGGCUCUUUGGACGCCAGGUUUGCUUCGGCCGUGAGGAGGGUGGCGAGGAUGACUAGACGGCCUGGAUGAUGUCGAACAUUGUAAAACACCAACAACAGACUUUUCGACCAGAAUGGGAACACUGCACCAUGCGCGUGCGUGCUUGUGAUGUUACACGCGAUACCAUUUGGACAGCGCCGGACUUCUGAGUUUACCAAUGCCGCCGGUGUGCCCCGCCUGGCCGGGAAGCGAACCCUCGUCGUGUGGCCACGGCGAGAAAGUUGCUGGCUCUGCAAGGGACCGUCGCGGGGACGCAAACCACACUACCUGCGUUGCGCUUCCACGUCUCCCUCUGCGGCCGCAGACUCUGUACAUGCCACUUUUCUCCUUGCGUCCGCACGCGUGCGUGCAUGUAUUACAGUCAAAAUCAGUACUCGGAGCUAAAUGCAGAGAGAGUGUUAAAUAUGUUGAUGCUUCAAACUGUGCGCUGAACGCAGAGCCCGGUCGACCCUGCCGCAGUACUCAAGCAGCCUCCCUUCCCCGGCCGUCGGGAUGUAACCUGACCUGCAGACCCUGGCUUGCCACCUCCUCGCCAAUUGUGGUCAUGGGGCUGCUGGCACAGAAGUAGUCUUUUGGCCCGACAUCUCGCCCCAGCUGGGCUGCGGUGGCUGUCCCAAGCACCCUGUGGGCCAUGUCGCAUGGGAGUCUUGUGUUGAUGUAGCUACGGAGGAUGUGCUUCUCCAUCAGAAUUGAAGGGGGGGGGGGGGAUGGCUCCUGUGUCUUCUGCCUGCACGUUGUACAACGCCUCUUUGUCUGCAUUCUACCAGUUUUGUGUCCCUGAAGUCCUGGCUAUGUAAUUCCGCAAGGCAAACGUUCACGAUUUUUUGUUGUUCAUUUAAAGUCAAUUCACAGCUGUGGUCUGCAUUACAAAUAGGGGAAACACUGCAAAAGCUGUUUGUCUAAAUAUUUGGCUGCAAUUGGUCUUUGCUUCGCACCACAAUGUGCGCUGCUGCACAACAACUCCACUGCCCGCCACUUGUGUAACGGAGCGUAAACGUUUAGUACAAUCACCUAGUUUCACUCGUGAAAUCUCGUUCUGGUUUUCUAUUGCAUUACUGCAACAUCCUGCUAGUUCUUUUGCAAACCUGCAUCCGCUGAACACAUCCUCUUAUUUUCCCUGGAGUUAUCCCAGCCUUCCACCCUUGGGUUUCCCUUUGUCACUCGCUGGAGUUUGUGUCCCGGUGGCUGCCUGCAAAUCCUGGAGACUCCACGGCUUGCCUCCUACUUCCCCGUUUGCAAUCGCUCCCCUGGGCUACCCAGCCAGUGCUCCACACCGUGCCGCUUGAAUUUCUGCCACCUACUAUAUCGUUCCACGGGGUCGAUCCCUCUGCGCUGGUUCUCUCAUCGUCCUCCUUUUCCACAAUCGAAUACCACCCACCAGUGCUGAAGAAGCCUGGUCGGGCCGUGUCUACGUAUUCGGCGUCAGCCAUCCAAUCUUGUUUGUAAACGUCCGCAGGAUAACCCUAGAUGUAUAUUUCCAGCAUAGAGUUUAAAGCCAUAAUCAACAGUUGAGCAUAUGGUGCAUUUUUAUUAAUAUUUUUCUCAAUCUUUCACUUUUUUGAAAAUGUCAACAUAGAAAUUUGGGAUAUCUUUUCAAUCUGUGCUUUUUAACGUCAUUGUGUAUUUUUAUAUGUAAUGUUUAGUAAGGAUUUGUUUUUGACACGUGGCGGUUACAGGUAAUAGCCGCUGGCCGAGCUGCGUGCAGGUGUGUAGUGCCAUGACUGCAUGCUCCCAGGCUCCACCGCGACCUCGUACGGUGCCGUGACUGCUCACUCACUCACUUGCCCUCCCGAGUCGAGUGAGGGCGGGCGAGUGAGUGAACGAGCGGUGGUGGAGCCACGGGCUGGCUGUGCGCCAAUAUCGGGGCUGCACGCGUUUUGCUCAUGAAGCCGAGUGGUCGUGACGAGUGUGAAACCCCAGGCCCUCGGGAAGGAGGGGGGGUAACCCCCCCCCCACACUGCGCUCACCCCCCCCCCCCCCCCCUCUAAUCGUCUUGCGUGGUCAUCGUCUUAUUUGCUGCAUCGAUGUGACACUGUGCUGUGCGGUUGUGUAGCGACGUGUAGUGUCAGUGCCCAAAUGUUUACAACACAUUCAGGGAAUGGUAUAGGUUUAGAAUUGUCACCUACAACUUUUGUGUUUACUGAUUUAUUGGACCACAGUAUCAAAUGUAUGUUUGCCUUAACAGGUUUUUGAACACGACACAAGCACAGCGCUGGGGUGGGCUGUGCGCAUGCGUGACUGGGCCAGUGGUGGGAAUUGGCAAUGGUGAAACGCCCCCCCCCACUCAAAUUAUCAUCACUCUUCACCCCCUGUGCUCCGUGUUGCGUUAUACCCUUUUAAUCGCACCUGCAACACCGACCCUGGCGUGACCUCAUGCCUGCUGUCACGCGGGAGGGAGGCCUGUCUGUGUAGAAUGGCGGUACUCGCGUAUUCAUGUCGAGCGGUCGGUGGACUGGGAGCAGGAGGAGGUUGGAACGGGCCAGCGCUGCCGAGUGGUGGCGCGAGAGUGAGCGGACUUCGUGGCAAAUUCCCUGCCUCGUUUGCAAAUGUUUGAUUUGCAACAGUGAAAUGACCAGCUGUUCUAUUUCACGGGCAUAGUCAAAUUAUAUUUCAUUUGUUACAUUUGUCGAUUGUAUAUUUUUUAACCAAAGACCGGAGUGGUGGCCAAGUGAGUUAAUUUCGUACCCGUGUCGCCAACUCGCCGCGAGCCAGGCUGCCAAGGGGUGUCACGAGGGGCGGACGUGAAGCGCAGAUGCCAAAGGUGGUGGGCGUUUAUGGUGGACCAAAGGUGGACGCUGAGGAUGGAUUGUUAAUCAUGGAUGUUGGUGAUGAACACUGAGGGAGGGUGGAUGUCGGGGGGGGGGGGGGGGGGGGGGGACACUGACACCAAUGGAUCCGGCACGUCUCUUCUCUCUGCCGCCGUUUACUUUGUUUCAAUGUUCAAUGCCUUCCAGCCUCCCUUUACGUGGUUCUGUACGUAGUGUAUGAACAGGUGAUGUAACAUUUGUAGUCUGUAAAAAAAAAAAUUUUUAGCAUUAUUUGUAAAUAAAAAUAAAUACAUGGAACC